CUCCCUCUCUUUCCCCCCAUCUCUCUCUCUCUCUCUCUCUCCUUGGGCGGGCGCCGGGCGCCGGCCGCGGCCGCCAUUGCCUAUUUGCCUCCAGAUCGAUUGCCCGGCCACCGCACCCAACCUGCAGCCCAAGCAUGAUGCUGCGGCGCGUGGCCUCGUCGACGCCGGUGCCCGAGUGGCUGGAGGCGCUCCUCACCACGCGCUUCUUCCUCGCCUGCGGCGCGCACCCGGCGUCCCCGCGCAACGAGUGCAACAUGUUCUGCCUCGACUGCCGGGGGGCGCCGCCGCCGGCCUUCUGCUACUACUGCAGGGCGCACCGACACGCAUCCCACAGGGUCAUCCAGAUACGGCGGUCCUCCUACCACGACGUCGUCCGCGUCUCCGAGGUGGAGGACGUCCUCGACAUCACCGGCGUCCAGACCUACGUCAUCAACAGCGCCAGGGUGCUCUUCCUCAACGAGCGCCCCCAGCCGCGCGGCGCCGGCGCCGCCGCCGGCAAGGCAGCCGCCUCCCCCUACAACUGCGAGAUCUGCGGCCGCGCGCUGCUCGACCCCUUCCGCUUCUGCUCCCUCGGAUGCAAGUUGGUGGACACCAAGCGGAGCAACGGCCACGCGGCGGCGGCCACCGACGGCGCCGCGGCCGCCAAUGACGACGCGGACGAGGUCGGCGGGAGCAAGAACGCCGCGGCGCGCCCGCAGGGCCGCCGCCGGAAGGGGAUCCCCCACCGCGCGCCCUUCUGGUCCUGACCGACCUCACCUCACCUCGCCACCGGCAACACCAAUCGGCCGACCGACGAUCGAUCGACGAUCAAUGGCGCCCGGAACACAAGAUCAGGAAUGAAGAAUCAGUAGCAAUGCAAGCACUUCAAGGCAGGUAAUGCCAGCAAAUGGGACUGCUGGCCGGCUUCGUUCAUCCCGUCCGUUGUACUUACUUACUACUUAGAAAAAAGAGAGAGAAGAUUCUGCCUGCCCAACUAGAAAAAAAAAACAAACAAAGAAAGAAAGAAAGAAAUAGAUAGAUAGAAAAGCAAGCAAGGUGAGUUGAGCUCGGCAGCCCCAACCCAACCCAACCCAACCACCGGAAGGAGAGGAAGGGAAGGGAGGAUGGCUGCCCGGGGCCGCGCGCGCUGGACUCCAGUAAGCAACAUGUCUGUCCCCAUCAUCCUCUUGUUUCUCUCUCUCUCGCUACUCGCCAUGCCUUGUGCCAUGUGCCACCAUUUGGCACGGUAGGUGUACAUGACAUGCCUGAUCAUCACCAUCUCCUAGUCUCAUAGCCCAUAUAUUAAACUUGAAUUAGCAGGAAAUGCAUGGAUUCUUUUACAGUACAUUGGUUGGGAUACUUGACAAUGAGCAGUAUCAUAUUGAUCUUUCUUUUU